UAAUCAUCCCUGUUCUCUCUGAUCUAUGGCAAAAGUGGGUCGGAUCAAGCUCGGGUCACAAGGCUUGGAGGUGUCGGCGCAGGGGCUCGGGUGCCGGGACCUGUCUGGUCCGGGCAAACCCGAGCCCGAUAUGAUCGCCCUAGUCCGCCACGCGAUCGACAUCGGGGUCACAUUUCUCGACACCUCCGACUUUUACGGCCACAACGCAAAUGAAGUUUUUCUCGGAAAGGCUUUGAAGGAAGAUGAGGUGAGGGAGAAAGUUGAAUUAGCGUCCAAAUUCGGAGUCAGCUUUGCCGAUGGUGGUAAUAAGGUUGAUAUCCGUGGCGAUCCAGAAUACGUGAGAGCGGCUUGUGAGGCGAGCUUGAAGAGACUGGACGUUGAUUGCAUUGAUGUCUAUUACCAGCAUCGUGUCGAUACUCGUGUGCCUAUUGAAGUCACGAUUGGAGAACUUAAGAAACUUGUUGAGGAGGGAAAAAUUAAAUAUAUUGGUUUGUCUGAGGCGUCACCUUCAACAAUUAGAAGAGCACAUGCAAUUCAUCCUAUAACAGCAGUCCAGGUGGAGUGGUCCUUAUGGUCAAGAGAUGUGGAGGAAGAAAUAGUUCCAACUUGCAGAGAACUGGGCAUAGGAAUUGUAGCGUAUUGCCCUCUUGGACGAGGAUUCUUUUCAUCAGGAGCAAAAGUGGCUGAAAGGUUUUCAGAAAAUGACCCUCGGAAGCGUCUACCUAGAUUCCAACCAGAAAACCUGGAGCAGAAUAAUACAAUAUUUGAGAGGGUUAGUGAAAUGGCUAAAAGAAAAGGAUGCACUUCAUCCCAAUUAGCAUUGGCCUGGCUUCAUCAUCAAGGAAGUGAUGUGUGCCCCAUUCCUGGCACCACCAAAAUAGAGAACUUGAAUCAAAACAUUGGAGCUUUGUCUGUUAAACUCAGUCCACAAGAGUUGCUUGGGCUUGAGUCUUUUGUUGCUGCUGAUUCUGUUAAAGGUGAUAGAAGUGCCAUUGGAUUAGCCACAUGGAAGGAAUCUGACACUCCCCAACUUUCUUCUUGGGUAGCUGCUUAAUGAAGUAUCUUACUCGCACAUCACCAUUUUGUCUAGUGGGACUCUUGAUAUCCUUAUGGUCAUCUCUCUUAUAGCGACAGGUUCUAAGAUCAAAAUCCCAUUGUGAUCAAAAUCCUCUCCCCUGUGGAGAUAGGGUUAGCUUGGUGAUUAAAAUAAAAUAAAAGGAAGUAUAUUCCUUAUAUUAUGUAUCAUAGGAAUGAAUGAAUGAAUGAAUUCUACUUUCACCCCA